AUGGCAGACACUUCACCGCCCCGCUUCUUGACGCGAUUAUCUCUGCAUUACUCUUCUUGUGCUGCGGCCAGUCAAUUUUUCCGGGAUUUUGGAGACAAAAUACAGACAUUCGAUAUCGUUGCUGUUCAUGUUUCCUCUUCUAAGGCUCUUAAUCAUGCGAGUGAACUUAAUAACAUUGACCUUAUUUCUCCAAAUAUUUCAAAGCCAACUGACUUUCGUAUAUCCAGCAAGCACCUCUCAUUAUUCUUAUCUCACGGUGUCCGUAUCGAAAUAAAUUAUUCCCCAUUACUUCAGGUUGGAAAUCCAGGCCAAGUUGCAAUAUCUGGGUUAGCCUCCGUGUUCGGACAUUUAUUUUCUAUCUCCCGCCGACAUAUCUCCAAUUGCCUAGUCUUCAGUUCAGGUGCUGUGCAUCCUUGGGAAAUUAGAAGACCCCUAAGUAUGCUUAGCGUUUUUUCUUGCCUUGGACUACAGCUACAUCGCACUGCCUUUUUGGCCUUCACAAAUAAUCCAUUUGCUGCAGUUGCUCAUGGGCUUUCUAGGUCACAAACAGCUCUUGGUGUGUCUACCUAUCUCCGACUUCUAAAUGACCCAACUGUAAUUGAUAUAAUACCUUUAAGACGUGCAAUUGAUCUUGCAUCUGACCAGGGUCCCGACGAAAAAAGGACGAAAUGGGAAGUUGAAAUUGCCUAA